AUGUAAAAUCACUUAGAUGUAAUUAUAUUAUUCAUUUAUUUAUAAUUAGUCAUCAUUCAAUAGAAUUAAUACUUUCAUUGAUUAGACUUUCAAUGAUAUAGAUUAAUUAUUUAAUUAAACAUAAUAAUAAUAAUAAAGAGAUUCUUAAUAAAAUAAUAGAUUACCUUAAUUAUCAUAAUUAGAUAUCCAGAAUUAAUAAUUUAAUAAUUAAUUGAUUCAUUAAGUUACAUCUUUAAUCAAGAUUUCUAUUAACAAUCAAGUGAAAAACAAAGAAGAAUGUCUUAAUUAAUAAUAUAAAGAUAAAUUAUUAUAAUCUCAGAAUUUAUAAAUUUAAUAACUUAAAUAAACAUAAUAAUCAAUUAUUAAUCAACCAUCUUCUUAAUUAGUACUUAAACCUUUCACUUAUUAAUUAAUAUAGAAUAAUUCAAUUAAAUAAGAUUAAUUGUGUUAUGCAAUAGCUAUUAAUAAAGAUUGUUCAAUUGUAAUAGCUGGAUGUUAUAAUGAAAUUAAAGUAUUUGAAUUCAAAUAAGAAGUAUUGAAACAAACUCAACUUCUAAAUGAACAUUAAAAUACUGUAAAUACUUUAAAGUUUAUGAAUAAAUCUAAUCACUUUAUAUCUGGAAGUGAUGAUAAUUCAAUCAUAAUAUGGUUGAUGAAUCAAAACAAUUAAUGGAUUAACUAAUAGAAAUUAAAUGGACAUAAUAAUUAAAUAUUAUGUUUAAUUUUGAAUAAUAAUGAAGAUUUGAUCAUUUCAGGUAGUUAAGAUAAGACUAUUAAAUUUUGGAUGAAGUAGAAUCAAUAAUGGCUAUGUUAAUAAACUAUCACAGAUCAUACUAGUAGUGUAUAUGGAUUAAGUUUAAAUUAACAAUAGAAUAAAGUGAUUUCAUGUGGAUAUGAUGGAUAAAUAUUAAUAAUAGAAAAAUCAUAAUAGGAUUCUAAAUGGAUUGUAAUCUAAAAGAUAAAGGUUGAAACACAUGGUAAGAGAAUAUGCUUUAUAAAUGAUAAUGUAUUCACAUUUUAACCAUUUGGGAUAGAAUAAAUGCAUGUUUAUGAAAUGAAUAAUACUAAUAAAUAGUAUUUAAAGACAAAAGAUAUUCUUGUUAAAGGUGGUGGAAGUGAUGUUUGUUUAUUUCCUUAAUAGUAUAUAAAAUCAAAAUGCCUGGUUGUAAAUAAAAAUGGAAUGUAUGUGAAUUUGAUAAGGACAAAGGAAAAUGGAGAGUUUAAAACUGAAUAAUCCAUUGAAUUUGGAAAUUAUAAUUUAUUUGGAUGUAUGAGUGAUGAUGGGUAGUAUUUAAUAACUUGGGAUUUGAGUUCAAAAGAAAUUCAGAUUAGAAAAUACAAUGAAAUAUGA